GAAGAGGGCUCUCGGGUACGCUUGAGUAGGCCCAGCCAGUCCUGAGAGGCCUUCCACGGUCUUUCAUGGUGCACAGUUCCUCCAAUAGCGGCACGGGAAACGGCCUGGCGGGCGAAGGCUGAAGCCGAGAGGAAGAACUGGCAAAAGCUAGCCCAGUCCGCGAAGGGUAAACUUGCGCAUGUGCACUGGCCUUCAGCCUGCAACGAGCUGGGGCGUCUUCAUUACUGCUAAGCUCUUCGCGCGUUACGUGACGCAUCGUUUUGCUGGCUUUCGUACUACACUAUUGUGUGAACUAGGGAAGCACGGCCCAGAAAUUGGAAGCAAUUAUUCUGAGGUAUCAAGAGACUGAAGUAAUUAAUCAAACCUCAGGGCAGACAGGCGAGCACAAAGCUGCCGGGCACCAGUACACGUGCCCGGCUCCGCCCUUAGUUUGGCGAAGCUAGGAGUUCUGACCCUUCCUGCGACCUGUCGCACGGCGGAGCAAGCGCGGAAGCUGGACCGGCAGUGAGUCGCUAUGGAACCCGACGGGACCUACGAGCCCGGCUUCGUGGGUAUUCGAUUCUGCCAGGAAUGUAAUAACAUGCUUUACCCCAAGGAGGACAAGGAGAACCGCAUUCUGCUGUACGCGUGCCGGAACUGUGAUUACCAGCAGGAAGCCGACAACAGCUGCAUCUACGUCAACAAAAUCACGCACGAAGUGGACGAGCUGACCCAGAUCAUUGCUGACGUGUCCCAGGACCCCACGUUGCCGCGAACCGAAGAUCACCCGUGCCAAAAGUGCGGCCACAAGGAGGCGGUGUUCUUCCAGUCACACAGUGCUCGGGCCGAGGAUGCCAUGCGCCUUUACUAUGUGUGCACGGCCCCGCAUUGCGGCCAUCGUUGGACCGAGUGACCCUCUCUCUCCCUUGUGUAAUAAAUGCUGUGUUCUGUGA